UGGUGACAUCGUCUUCCGGGUCAGUUCGAAAGUUAAUUUCGCGGCGGAGGUUAUUGCAAUGAAUGAUUAAAUGCAUGAAUGACAAUGGGCUGAAAUACUUAAAAUGAUUAGCAUUUAUAUAUAAAUAUUACUACUUACUGUCAGCCAUAGCUUGUGCCAGACAUGGCGGCGAUUGAAGAGAAAAAGCGAAUGGGUGGCUCCAAGGUAUCAGCCAUCGCGAAUAUCUUCCAAUCCAAACCACAAUUGGACAAUCUAAGAACGAACAAUAUUCUCUCGGAUGGAUUUAAGGAGCCAGCUGUUCCACUGAAAGAAUCUCCGACACAAGUAACAGUGGUCAGAACUGAGAGCCAUGUGGCACGUUUCAACAAUGCGCGAGCCCUCUUUGAGAAACUUGGCGAGGAAAACAAAUCAAACAGACCGGUAGAACGGGUUACAAAACCGAACAAUUUGCAUGGUCUUCGGUCUCGCUCCAGUUCUGCGAAUUCAGGUUCCGGGUGCACGUCACCCGCGAGAUCACCUCGUCCUCACUCACCCUCUCCUCCAGGCAGUCGCGAACAUCUCAGCACGUGGAGCGCUAGUGUACCGACUUUGAACGCGGAGCGACACUUUGAGAAUGGUCACUGUGCGCCGGAGCGACGUCCUGGCGCGGGGGUGAGUAAGGUCGAGCGCACAGGCAAGGAGAACGAUCGUCCAGAGCGACCAGAAAAACCGGAACGCCGACCGAAUUCAAAGGAGCUCAUCGAGAAGCAACGGAAUUGGACUAGUCACUUCUCCAAGACUAGACCGAAUCGAUACAAUUCCGAUCCGAAUCGCUCGCUAGUCCAAACUUCUCUGAACUCCCAAAAUGCUCAGAAUCAAGCACAGCAGUCGUCAUCGUUUGUUGAUACGUGCCAGAAUUCGGCGAGUGCGGCAGCCAGCGACUCUGCCAGCCCAGCUACCAGAUCAGCGAGCUUUUGCUCAGCACGCUCACCCCCACCACCGCCUCCGCCUGUCAGGAACUCGUCUGCAGCCAAUAGAAGAGAACGACCGGCGAGUAUUGCCUCCGGCAGCUCGUCUGAACUAUUAGAAAGCCCAGAGUAUGCAACGGUAGAGAGAUUCGACGACAUUUCGCCAACGAUUCCGGAGUAUGCUGUUGUACAGAAGAAGAAACCUCAGAAUAGUCCGAAAGAGAGUAAGACUGCCGGCGCCGACAAGAUUCCAGACGCACCAUUGCCGGAAUACGCCGUUGUGCAGAAGAAUAGUUCGAAAGCAGCUUUGAAAUCAGCGGAGAAUUCCAAGGAGGCCUCCAAGACACAGAAUUUGAAGUGCGCAGCAAUUACAGAAGCAGUUACGGGAAACAAAAUUGUGACUUCGAGGCCGACAGAGGCUGCCAAGGAUGUUCCUAAAUCCACUGUACAGAUCUUGACAAGCUCCGCGAUUGCAGAACCAAUUCCAGGAAACAAAGCUGUAGUUUCAAAAUCAAUAGAGGAUACUAAGGAGACUUCUAAGGUCACCACGCAGACUGUAAAAGGUCCACCAGUUGUAGAAGUAGUUCCAGUCAGCAAAGAUGCAGUUUUGAAGCCAACAGAAAAUUCGAAAGAGCCCUUGAAAAAUUUUUCGUCUACAGAAGAAGCGCCAGCAUUCAAAGCUGUAGUGUCUAAACCAACAGAGUCUUCAAAAGAGGAGGUCGUGGAGGCUAUGGAGGAAUCGAAAGAAGUCACAAAAGACUCAGCAAUUCCAGAAUCCAAAACUGCCAUCAUAAAUGAUAAUAGCGACUUUCCCGAGCAGACAAAAACAUCGCCUGUAUUAAAUUAUGAGGUUUCUAGUUCAACUCGAAGUGCCUCGAUGGACAAUAUCCUCACGAGGAGGGAGAGCGAUCUGCUAGAGGCGCCGGAAUACUUUAAUUGUCCCCCGAGCCCCAUUCACUCGCCAGCGAAAACUUCUGAGUGGAGGAACGAAUGGCUAGCGAAAAAUGACGAGAUUCUGAAGAGGACUGUCGAUUUGAGAGAUCUGAAAGCCUCGUCGAAGGAGGCUCUGGAAACUGAGCUGCGUAACGAAGUGACCAGACCGGAUUCAAGACCCGAUUGGGCCAGACCGAAUGCGAAAAGAAAAGAAACUGUAGUAGACGAUAAGAGGACCGAGCUGAUGCGAUCACCGGAAUCGGAGCUAGGUCUGCCUUCCGUAGGCACCGACAGUGCCUCGUCCAGCAUGAGUUCACCUAGUUCACCCUCCAAAGACAGCAAGGAGGAAAAAGCAGAGAAGGAAAUGUCGGAGAAACAUCAGACAGGUCGCAACAGCUAUGACUUGGAAGCGGAGGAUCAGGAGAAGCCGGCUACGUAUCAGAGCUGUGUCUCAGGCACGGAGAGCCUCUCCGAGAAGGAUCAGUUCAAAUUUAACGAUACGGACACGACCACGGUCAUUCGACGUUCCCAUGUGCGACUUGAUCUUCAGGCUGCAGGUCUGGGUCCACGUCCACCCUCUGUCAUCAGUUCUGAUCAGGAGUAUCCGCCGCUAGAACAUAAGGAGAUUCCUGUGCCUUCUCCGUAUGCCAAGAAGUUACAGCAGAAUGAAGAAAUUGUUUCACAGAGUAAUACCGAAUGCAAAACUCAAUCGAAACCAAACACGGAGACCAAGAACAGCGAUAGUACAGAAGCAAUGAAAAUCAAUACUACAUCUACGGAAGAUAUGUUGGAGGCAAAAAUGAAAACGGGUAGCGAUGGAAUAUGUCAGAAGACUGUCUCAAAUGCGAAAAAUGAUCAAAUUAAAAUCAGCGUAAGAGAGAAGAUUGCGAAGAACAGAGAAGAAGUCUCUGGCAAGCGUUCCAGCUUUGUCGAGUCCGAAAGCAAAGAUAGUGUCGACAAGGCAACGAUUCGUAGUCAGGAAAUGAAUAGUUUUGGGCUCAUCACGAAAGAAAGUAAAGACGAGGAAAAGUAUGUGACAGAGGUGGCCAAGUCCGAGAUCAGCAGCAGAAAAGAGUGUAUAGCAGCGGUGAACAGUGUCUUGAGUAGAAGGCUGGAGAAGGAAAUGGAUCAGCCUCAGACGACGUGGGAGCAAGAGAAACAGAAGGCUGAACUAGCGAAACUUCGGUUAUCAGAGAGCAACAAUCAGAGCUCUCAGGUGUCACUUAAUACACUUUCGCAAAGACAUUCCAGCAAAAAAUCCAACGAACAAUUGUCGGAAAGCAGCCAGUUCGAAGAUAGUGACUCCAGUGAUACGAAGACUGUUACAAAUGUCGAAUGUGUGGUAAAGGAAGUACAGGACAAUUCUGUCGGAAUUGCAGAGACAGCUUCGAAGAACAAUGUUAAUCAUAUCACUCCUGUGACGCCAGAUACUAUGACUCCAGACGAGGCGGAAAAUCUUCUGAGCUCUCGCAUCUUAGAAAAAAAGAUUAGACAAGGUUCGGCGUUGCUAUCGGACGAAGAAGCGCAGGAGAUAGCGAGGCUGCUGUCUCCCACUGGUGCCAAUGACGCAAUAAUAGGUGAUGGGAUUUCUAAUGACAAGGAUAAGGAAGGACAGGACAAAGAUAGGGACGACCAGGACAACACGCCCGAUUGGCUGUCCGAUGUCCUGUCUGCUCCUGAUUCCAGUCUUAUCAAUAGUGCUACUCAUGAUUAUAGUUUGUCUCAUAGAUCUCGCAGUGACUUGACGAUAGAUUCGUUGACGGAAAGCCAGAUAGGAUCGGUCACUGGAAGUGAGAGCGGACUGCUCGGCUCCGUCAGCAGCUUAAACGACACUCAUGAAACUAACGAUGACACCGAAACCGAGCAACAGGAUGACUAUAUUCCAACUCCAGGAAAAAUUGUACUCGUGGAGAAUGGCGUGCAUUAUUUCGAGGACGGCCACUUUUGGAUGGAAGUGGCGGGAAUCCCAGAGUCUGACGAAGACGAUGAAGACUAUCCGUCCACCGUGCCCAUCAAGAAAACCUCUAAAGUGUCCUUCGACACCGGUCCCAUGCGUGUUUAUUCCACGCAUUCUGUCAAUGAAUACGAUCGCCGCAACGAGGAUGUCGACCCUGUGGCGGCCAGUGCAGAAUACGAGCUGGAAAAACGCGUCGAAAAAAUGGAGGUAUUUCCUGUCGAGUUGAUGAAGGGUCCGGAAGGCCUGGGCCUCAGCAUAAUUGGAAUGGGUGUGGGUGCGGACGCUGGUCUCGAGAAAUUGGGCAUUUUUGUGAAAACCAUCACGGAGAAAGGUGCGGCCGCGCGCGAGGGUCGAAUCCAGGUGAAUGAUCAGAUCGUCGAGGUUGACGGCAAGAGUUUGGUCGGCGUUACGCAGGCUUACGCCGCUAGCGUACUGAGAAACACUUCCGGUCUUGUACGAUUUGUCAUUGGCAGGGGAACGAUGCUAAUUAGACAGAGUCUUCAGGCAGACAAAGAAAGGGAACUAGCGAACGCUGCCAAUAGGAAACUUAACUUCUCCGACGCGUCUCCCGAUGGCCAACGAGGAAGCGAGGAUAUCUCCGUCGGCAGCGGGAUGAGCGGGAUCCCUGGUUCGCCGGCAAUGUCCUCCUGUUCAGAGGGAGAACCAGCACAUAGCCCUAUUGAGAAUUAUCUAUCGCCUUCUAGUCGCAGCCGAUCUCCUAUACUUGGCUCGUCGCACAACACUACGCAGAGCGAUGUAGACAGUUUGAGAUUGCUCUUGCAAGAGAGUCAGUAUAAACUCUCAUUAGCGGACGAGGAAGUGGAAAAACUCAAGGCAAAGUUAGUAGAAUUGGAAAACAGCGGAGCGGGUAGCGAAGAAUAUGCAGCCAAAUUACGGGAAUCGGGAUUACGUCUUCACGAAUCGGAAAGAGCAUUGGGCACCGCCCGCCAGGAUCUAUUGACGGCUAGAGAGAUGUUGUCGCAGGCGACGGCGCAGAACGCAGCUCUGCAACAGAAGUACGCUAGGGCCAGGAGAGCCGCCAGAGUUCUGCGUGCGGACGUUACAGUCAGGGACGAGUACUAUGAGCAAUUGUUGCGGGAAAAGGAUACGGAAUACAACGCAUUGGUGAAAAGUCUCAAAGAUAGAGUGAUCACGUUAGAGGUGGAGCUGACGGAAACUCAGAGGCGAUUUGGUCUACCGGUACGAUUACCAUAUGACAAUGCCACUACUAGGAUAGUAACACCACAGUUUUCUCGCAAACAACUGCCACCACCACCUUCAUCGACCAGCUGCCAGCUUUCUGAUACAGAGACUUCUGACCUUAGUAGCCCGGAUGACGGUGAUAAGACUGCUACUGUGGAGAGGAAACUGCCUCUACCACUACCGGUAAAAGAAGAAUUAGAUCGUGCUGUUCCAGCCCAUCGUCUGCUAGAUAAUUCUGCUGGCAAGAGCAAGGCGGAAUUGGCCAGCAGAGGCGGCUUGGCAAAUCGUCAGCUACCCAGGCGAUCCGGAGGUCUUAGCAACAGUAGUUCUGAUUACGGAUUGGACGAGUCGGGUGACAAUACAGACGAUGAUUCCUCUUCAAAAUUGACUUCGCAAGACAGCAGCAGGUCACCCAAUGACUUAACAGCGAAGCAGUCCAACUUGAGUUCCUAUUCCAGCACUUCAUCCAUCAGUUCACUUAAGGGAAAAUCGCACAUGGAUCCUAUACAUCCUACCGCGAUUCGACAGCACAGCACCAUUAGUUCACAAGUCAGGGCGAUGACUGAACAAAGUUGGCCCCAAUCGCAGAAAACUUUGACUGGACCUCCUGCAUCAUUGGCAGAACAGUUGAAGCAGGUUUUGGCUGAACGGGAAAAGCGGCUUGGCGGAAACGACUCCUCAAGGGAGAGCUCUGGAGAUUUCAGUGAUCUCAAUAGUCCUCAUAAUAAUGAUCCAACUAUGGUUACACAUCAUCUCGUGGAAGAGAUACGGCAAGCUGUCAACGAGGCUAAUCAAAGAGUAAAAAAGGUAUCGAUUCCUCCGUCGAAUUUGAUCGGUAGUGCAAGUGCACCCUGGCAUCAUCCAGGAAGUUCUCCAUCAAGUUUGUCCUCCGGCGGUUCCGUGAGUCCUCCCGGCGUUGAUCCUAGUUCUUUAAAAGGUAACAUUACAGAUUCGAGCACAGUUUGGUUGCCCGCUCACCUAAGCGACUUUGGUUUAGGUGACAAGAAGUCCCACUUCUGGCAGAAUGCGCCAGUUGCAGAUUGGUCCAAGGAGCAAGUGUGCCAAUGGCUGACUGGAAUCGGUUUAGAGCAUUAUUCGCCCCAAUUUUUGGAUAAUGGUAUCAACGGAAGUAAUUUGCUACGCUUGGAAUCGAGGGAGCUGAAGGCCUUAGGGGUUUAUGGCGAAGCUAAGGCCCAUUUGAAGCGCAAACUGAAAGAGUUAAGGGCGCAGGCCGAUCGUGAACGCAAAGAGCGUAAGGAAAUCGAGCGAAUGCGACGAAAAGCGGAAAAAGCUGCGCGGAAAAAGUAGUUCGCGAAUAAAUUAGACGCGUUCGGUAUCAGUUAGACAUCCGGUAGGUUAAAUACGGAUUUUUUUGAGCGUGAAGUGUACAGGGUAUCUCGAAAGAGGUAGGGAGGAAUUAAUACAUUGGACUUUAUCGGGAGAUCGAGAAUAUUUAUCGAAAAGAAA